AUGGCUCCUCCAAAAGCAUCCCACAAACACGAGCCAUUGAUAGCACCACCUCAAGUGGAGGAAGAGACUCGCGGCAGGACACAAAGCCGAGCGAGGUUUGAUGCUCUGUCGCCGGCUUUUACUGAGAGCGACGGUGGUUCCCAACAGGUCCACGAUGACGAAGACGUCCAAACGACACCACGAGGCAAACAAUUGCCGAUGCGAAACAGAGUACACUGUGCACAUUCUCCAGUGAAGCAGUCUGGUGAUAGAAAGAGACGCCGCAAGAGCCUAGACUACGACGACCAGGCACUGAAUACAAUGGAGUAUAGAGCACUUCUGGAGCAGCCGUUUGAUUUUGAUCCUGCCACAGCGACGGCAUCGGGCAACACCAUCGGGCGCAAUGGUGAUGGCGAUCAAAGGCUGGCGCAGAUGCGACACAUGGGAAGCGCUGAGCAGCAAAGGUUCUUUGGGGACAUGUCGGUGGACGAGUGGGAAACAGCCGGGAACUGGCUCUCGGAACAAUUUACGGGUAUUAUGCGAAAACUGACGGCGGCUCGGCAAUCAAAACGGCAUAUUGUGGACAGCUUUGAGCAGGAGGCUGCUGCGCGCGAGGCAGAAGUCAGACGGCGGUCGAAUAAGAUUGACGAGAAGCUCCAAAAGAUGCGCGAAGAUGGCAUGAAGGUCGUCGGGGGUCGGAGCUGCUGA